ACUGUUAGAACAUUUUAGCAUGAAAUGUACAAAACUUGAAUUAUACUGGAUGAUAGGAAGCUGGAAAUUUGAUAUGUAUCAAAUGUGGAUCCUCCCUUUUACCACAAAGUUUCUUGCAAACAGAUGUGUUACUGUGAUGUGGUUAUGUUUAUGGACAACUGGCCUUCAAGUUGCUUGGGGAUUUACACCACCAAAUAUUAUCUUUGUUCUUACAGAUGAUCAGGAUGUUGAACUUGGAGGCAUGGAACCCAUGCUAAAAACAAGAAAACUUCUAGAAGAAGGAGGAGUAACUUUUGAAAACAUGUUUGUUACUACUCCACUCUGUUGUCCAAGUCGAUCUAGCAUUUUGACUGGGCAGUAUGUCCAUAACCAUAGAGUAGUGAACAACAGUGUUAGUGGCAACUGUAGUUCUCAAAAUUGGCAAGCUAGUCUAGAGAAAAAGACAUUUAUUACUUAUCUAAAAAAACAAAACUACACAACUUUUUAUGCAGGAAAAUACUUGAACCAGUAUGGCCGUCAUAGUGUUGGAGGUGUUCAGCACAUUCCACCAGGGUGGGACACUUGGAUUGGGUUGGUGCAGAACUCUCGUUAUUACAAUUACAGUCUGUCAAUCAAUGGGAAAAAAGUAAAACAUGGAAGCAAUCCUCGGAAAGACUACUUAACAAAUCUUAUUGUAAGUAAUAUAUCACAAUUUUUAAAGGAAUUUUCUCAAAAAAGCCCUUUUUUCAUGAUGCUGUCACCUCCAGCUCCCCAUUCUCCUUUCACUCCUGUUCCAUGGUAUGCCAAGAAUUUUUCAACAAAAUUAGCUCCACGAACACCAAACUUUGGUGUUUAUGGUGGAAAGGAAAAACAUUGGUUGCUUCAACAGCCACCUCAUCCAUUAUCAAAUGAGGUUAUUAAAAAUAUUGAUGAAACAUUUAGAAAUCGAUGGCGUACGUUACUAUCAGUUGAUGAUCUGGUUCAGAAAGUGUUCCAUGUUCUGAAGAGAAUAAAGGCUUUGAAUAACACUUACAUUUUCUUCUCUUCAGAUAAUGGAUUUCAUUUAGGUCAGUUUUCACUUCCACAAGAUAAAAGACAGCUUUAUGAGUUUGAUAUCAGAGUUCCUUUGCUAGUGAGGGGACCAGGAAUAACACCUGGAACAGUGGUUAAGAAACCUGUUCUUAACAUAGACUUUGCUGCAACAUUUUUGGACUUGGCUGGUAUUAAAAAACCAGGCUUCAUGGAUGGAACUUCUUUUGUACCUCUUAUAAAAAAUAUUACUUCAUUACAUGAGUCAUGGCGAACAGAAUUUGUUGUGGAGCAUAAGGGAGAGUCAGUUGUUGGGCCAGUGAAAGGUUGUCCCCAGUACCCCAAUGGUGGGGUCAAGGUGUCAUCCAAGACUCUAAAGGCAAAUGGAGGUACUCUGAUGGUCAAUGAUAUUAUUUCCAUUGUGCACCAUGUGGUUGAUUUCAUUCUAACCUCAGAUCCAGGAUUCCUAACCAACUGA